AUGGCGGCGCCCGCUCAGUCAAACUUCUCUGAGCGAAGUCACACUGGAGAAAGACCUUAUCAGUGCCUUGAAUAUGGGGAAGCUUUUAGCAGUGGUAACAGCCUAGGUGAUCAGCAAGCUUUGCACAGUGCAGAACGGCCUUAUGAGAGCAGUGGGUGUGGAAAAACUUUUACCAGUAGCUGUGCCCUCCAUUAUGAUCAGAGAGUGUACACCGGACAAAGGCCUUAUGAGUACAAUGAGUGUGGGAUAUCUUUUAACAAUAGCAGCAACCUUCAUUGUCAUCAGAGAGUUCAUACUGGAGAAAAGCCUUAUAAAUGUAGUGAAUGUGGAAAGUGUUAUACAAGUAGCACUGAUCUCCAAUAUCAUCAGAGAGUGCACUCUGGAGAAAGGCCUUAUGAGUGCAGUGAAUGUGGAAAGUCUUUUAACACUCAAUCUCAACUUCAUAAUCAUCAGAGAGUUCAUACAGGAGAAAAGCCUUAUAAAUGCGGUGACUGUGGGAAAUCUUUUAUACAUAGGCCUUCCCUUCAUGAUCAUCAGAGACUUCAUACAGGUGAAAAGCCUUAUAAAUGCAAUGAAUGUGGGAAAUCUUUUACCUACAGGUCUGGCCUUCGUUGUCAUCAGAGAGUUCAUUCAGGAGAAAAGCCUUAUAAAUGCAGUGAAUGUGGGAAAUCUUUUGCAAGGAUAUAUGGUCUCCAAUAUCAUCAGAGAAUUCACACUGGAGAAAAGCCUUAUAAAUGUAGUGAAUGUGAAAUGUCUUUUACAAGUGGCUCAGGUCUCCAAUCUCAUCAGAGAGUGCACUCUGGAGAAAGGCCUUAUGAGUGCAAUGAAUGUGGAAAAUCUUUUAAAACUAAGCCUCAACUUUAUCAUCAUCAGAGACUUCAUACAGGAGAAAAGCCUUAUAAAUGCAGUGAAUGUGGGAAAUCUUUUACACGUACUCGUGGCCUUCGUAAGCAUCAGAGACUUCAUACAGCUGAAAAGCCUUAUGAGUGCAAUGAAUGUGGAAAAUCUUUUAACACUCAUUCUCAACUUCAUAAUCAUCAGAGAGUUCAUACAGGAGAAAAGCCU